AUGCAGGGCUGCGAUGGAUCGAUCCUCAUCGGCCAAACUCCGCAGUCCUCGGUCGAGAGAGACUCCGUGGCAAACCGGGACUUAGUCCAGGAUGCGUUUGAUACGAUCGAUCUCGCGAAGCAAGCCGUGGAAGCCCAGUGCCCGGGUGUGGUCUCGCGGGAGGGCCGGGCUGGAAUCUGGCGCUCGGACGGAGGGAUGGAACAGUGUCACGCGCGGAUAGCGCGCUUAGAGAAAUCCCAUCGCCAAGGCGCUCACACGCUCGGGGUCUCCCACUGCUCGCAAUUCAGCCAGAGGCUCUAUGGAGUCAACACCUCUCUGGACGGCACAGACCCUUCUCUCGAUCCGUCCUUCGCGAAGGAACUCAAGAAGGACUGCCCGCCAGGAGCCCCUGUGACGGCCAUCGAGUUCUUCGACAAGGCCGCGCCUUUCACCUUCGACAACCAUUACUUCAAGAACCUGGAAGCCGGCAGAUCGCUGCUCACAUCCGACGAGAGCCUCCUCGCCUCCUUCCCCUCCAGGGAAAUCGUCAGGCUAUUCGCUCGAGAUCCAGCGCUGUUCUUCUUUUCCUUCGCGGCAUCCAUGGACAAGCUCUCCAGAUUGGGCGUCAAGACCGGCGGGGCGGGCGAGAUCCGGCGAUCGUGUAACCGAUUCAAUGCGCAGUAG